AUGAAAUGUCCCGCCUGUUCAAGAGCGACCCUGAGUCUCUUCUUUCGCUCGAUCUUCGACCUUGAAUCGAAUAUCCUCCCCAGUACGAACUCGGCUCGCAACGCUGCAUCGUCACGACCCUUCUCCACCGCGCGCCGUCGCUUACAAUCAUACGGAGCAUUCAAUGACAAUACAAGAGUUUGGGCGACGAAUCAGUCGCCAGAAGUGCACGGUGCAGCCGAAACAGAGAAAGAGCGCCCGGCAUGGCAAGUGGAGAAGGAAGCCGUGAAACGAAAGCUAAACGGAGAGGCGUGGAAUCCUCGCAAAAAACUUUCCCCUGACACCAUGGAAGGUAUACGCCAUCUACACAAGACUCAGCCGACAAAGUUCACCACCCCCGUUCUCGCGCAGUAUUUCCAGGUCUCCCCGGAAGCCAUCAAGCGCAUCUUGAGGAGCAAAUGGCGACCCUCAGAUCAAGAACAGGAGGACAAGUUACGGAGGUGGGACAAGCGUGGUGAACAGAUAUGGACAAAUCUUGUUGAGCUAGGAGUCAAGCCGCCGAAGAAAUGGAGAGAGAUGGGUGUAGGUCGAUCAAGGAAUGGGGAGAAACCGAGGUGGAAAUCAGGGUCCAGGAAUCAAGUAGUCGUAAAGGACAGCUUCGGCGGCGACGACUUUGGUUGGGCAGAGGAGGACCUCAUACCAAUCGUAGACGGAAAAUCUGGGACGCAAUCGUCGCGCAAGGCGAAUGUACCUUUUUCGGAUCGCAUAGGCAUAUGA